CUUGCGUCGUGACGUCACCACACUCACAUCUCGCUCGUCGAGAACCGCGGCGGUGUUGCCGUGACGUCAUCACGCACGCUCAGCGCCCCCAUCAUCACAACACGACCGGUGGGCAGAGAGAGAGAGAGCGCGCGAACAGAGAGUGUGAGACGAGAGGAGAGAGAGGAGGAGAAGGAGGAGGAGAGAGGAGGCGGCGGCAGUGUUUGUCCGGCACUGAUGCAUGCGGCCGUGCGCUGGCAGAAGCAGCAACAGCGAUGGAGAGGUUACUGGAGGUGGACGCGCUACGCAGCGCCGCCGAGUUCGCCUCGGAGUUCGCGGCCGACUUCGCCGAGUCGUGGCUCGCCAACGAGCAGCAAGCGCUGCUCUUCAAGGUGGCGGCCGCGUGGCUCCUGCUGAGCCUCGUGCUCAUCAACGUCGCCUGGUGGUACUACGGGCCCACCAUUUACGACAUGGAGCGGGCACAAGGCUCUGUUCCAGACCCCCUGGUUCCAGAUGGUCAGACGACCAAUGACUGGUUGCGCGCAGAGAAUAACGAACGGCGGAUGCACAGAGACUGAUGACGUUGCACGCUGUGGGGAGUGGGGGGGGGGGGCGGUCGGAGGGGGAUCUGCUCCGCCACAUCCGUCCAACGCCUCCGAAUGCCGCGUGGAGCCGCAGUACAAACCCACGGCGUGUGUACACGAGCGUCCGUUUUACAAAACACGUUUCUCUGCGGUGCAUUGGAAGUGAUUGAAUGACGAGCCAGUAUUUUUUUUUUUGGCAUUAAUUUAUGUAAAAGAAAACUAUGGAAAACUCUUAUUGCCUAAUUUGCUUUGCCGUUGUUUUCUCGUGUGUUUUUCGAGGUUGAACAAACGGAUUACUCUCUUCCUCGUUGUUGUUGAAUUUUUUUUUACAAGAGUAGCACGUCAUUGCAAUCAGGGUUUUUUUCCGUCAAAAACAGCCAUGCCAAAUGAGCUCGUGAUGAGAAAUUGGGGCGAGAUUAAUUUAUGAAAUCACAACGAUUGCUAACAACAGCAAAUAAUUCGGCACAACUUUGUAGGCAAAUAUUCGCUUCCUGUCCCAAGAACAUCUGUGCUUUCCAAGAGCUUCCAUCGCUUCUUAACAACGCGUGUGACUUAGAACCGGCAAACGUUGAGUCAAAUCCACCUGUUGGAAAUGAAGUCUGCCCGAUGAUCUCGCACUCAGAUGACUGCCACCAGACUCCGAAAGUUUUAGUUAAAGCGCCAAUGUGAAUUUUAAGUAUUGCAUUUGUUAAGUGGGGUUUCUUUUUGUAAAUAUAUUUAUUAUUGAUGUAUGUGUUUGUUGGAAUUGCCAUCAGAAGUGAUCUACACCAUUGCCAUUGGGAAACUUUCAAUUGAUCGGUCGACAUAAAAUUAGUAUUGAUAGCGAACUUUGUUUUGGCAUCACCGAUGCAGUUGUUUGUUUCAUGCUGCAAUUUGGAGAAACGAAUGGAGCGAGCGAACGAAUGCUCUGCUGGUUUUUGGCUUCACGGACGUAACAGGUUGGUGGGCAACGGGAGGAUGGCGACGUGCUUUGUCAUGGGCGGCAAAGAGGCGCAGUGGUAACACUCAUGCAUCGCACCAAGAGGGAGCCUAGGUGUGAUUCCCGGCUCGGGCUGCUUUCCACGUGGAGUUUGUACGGUCUCCCCCUGCUAUGAAUGGGAUUUCUCCCAUGGCUAAGAAAAAAAAACGUACAGCAUAACUAGAAUUGGCCAAGUAUCCAAGUGUUGAAAAGUUACCUGCAAAUUACUCAAUGGGGAUUACACACAGCAUCAGAAUCAGAAUAUUUAUUUAUACUGGAGGCAUUUGAUGAGCUAUAGAGCUCUUUUUCACAGGUGUCCAGUAGUAACAUUGUCCGCUACUGCGAAAACCUAGUAAGACCCUCCUGAAAAAGAUAUUGCGACUCAGUGAGGCUUUCUGGGUAAACAAGCUAAAUAAUGUUUUAUACAUUUCUCUGGUUGCAUAUACAAUGUUUUGAUUGUGUACCUGGUGGAAGAGGCAUUGUGGGUCAAGAGAUUGAGCCUUAACAUGCUUUACAGUGUAAAGAGCCACAUUCUAAAGCAGGCUAAUUUUAAUUCUCACUUCACUAACUGAAGACUAAAGUCGUCUGCAGAGUUUUUAAUAUUUAACAAAGUGUGAUAUAAAAUAAAUACAUUGUUUUAAUGAACGAAUGACCCCUUAAGAUGUUGUGGCAUUUUGCAAACACAGUAGCCUAGCCAAACAUCAGAUUUGUGUAUUUACAAAUAUAGUGUGACAAUCCAUUCUGCGUAGUAACGGCUUAGGAUAUUUUGCACAUCUGGUGCAAUUUUGAAAACCAAAUUAAUAGAUUUUGUGCAAUGGCUUAAUAAGGCCAUUUUUUUGCUGGUUUUGAGAUCUACAAAUGAAAAUCUACAUUAUAAUUUUAAUAUGCAAGGUCAACGAAUUUGCACUUAGUCAUGUGAAAUGUAUUGUCACUUCCCUGGACUCCCAAGUUUAUUUGUUUGGAGUCAGCUGUCAGCUGUGUAUGAUAGAUAACUUUUGGUGUACCAGAUGAGUGAAUGUGUGAUAGUUUGACGUACCUUGCCAGUGCAUAAAGGUGUUAUAUUGCUCUCUUAA